ACAUAACCUGAUAACUGAACUCGCGCACGUAAGAAGGCAAGAGGCUAGGUUAUGUUUUUAUAAAAUCGUACAAUUACGCCGACGUAAUUACGCGUAAGAAUGUACGCGUUAAAAUGUAACAGGCUCGCGACGAACCUGACGCAGAGUUUGUCGAAAACACUGAAACUAACCGCUGCAUACUCGAGUGCCUCGGAAUCGCCCAGCAACAAAGUUGACCAAUUUCGCGUGUUGGAACUUUAUCCACAGAAGCAUGCUCGGGAGUCGAAGCGAAAGAGACGGCAAAUCGAUGUCAAGCCGCCGAGAACGACGGAGAUGCCUGUCGACCAGGACUGGCCGUCGGUUUGGCCAGGUGCGCGUACCUUCCAUCCCGCUUCGGUGCCGCUUCCGGUGCGCCAGGGAUACCCAAAGCCGAACGAAGCACCGCUCAGCAAGUACGCCAAUGCGGAACUUAUGAAGAUACCGAACUUUCUGCACCUCACGCCACCGGCGAUCAGACGGCACUGCGAAGCGCUGAAGCAAUUUUGCACCAAGUGGCCCGCGGCUUUAAACAGCGAGGAGAAAUACGCGAAGCAUUUCCCCGUUGAGAUCAUCACGUCCGAUUAUUGCUACUCCUCGCCCAGCAUCAAGGAUCCACUCGCCAGGAUCGUGAGUCUGCAGAUAAAACUGUCCUCCCUUCACUUGGACACUCACGCCAAGGAUAAGCUGUUGAGAUUGGCGGGGAACAAGCACAAUCCGGAAACGGACGUGCUAACGAUCACGGCUGACAGAUGCCCAAGUAGGAAGCAAAAUUUGGAAUACGUGCGGUAUCUCCUCACAGCGCUGUAUCAUGAAUCUUGGAGGGUGGAAUCGUGGGAAGCCGAGAAAUCCUUGGUGGACAUGGAAUAUUACGAUUGGGACACCAGCGCAAGCCGUACGAACUUGGUGACUUUAUACAGGUGGCCGGAACCGCCAACCGAUUACGAUUACGAGACCAUCCCACACGUAACGGAGUACAAGAUUGCCGUUUCCGAUCUCAUUAACAACGGAGAGGAUCAGUAUUCGGUUAAUAAGUACAAGGAAGCGGUGAAAAAUUUAUUGAACCUGAAAUCUGAUAAUAAAAGUUGAACUUGGAGUAUUAUAUAAAAG